GCUUGUUCUUGAAAGUCUAUCGGAGUAACUGACACUUUCUCCACUGUAUCUUUCCCGCCGGUGUUGUGCACUUUUUUUUGUUCUGGUGAAUUGUAACGAAAGUUGUCAUUUUUCAUAUACCCUUUUGGGAAUUUGACUGUUGGUAUGCGUUGAAUUUCGAUAGUUUUGAUUCUUGCUGACGGAUAUUUGUCACACGGGUUUUGCAGCUGGUGAUAUAUAGAGUUAUCGGUGCACCGGUCAUUCAAGUAAUUGCUAUUUAUUUCAUGAUUACGGAAGCAGAGGCAGAUAUUGUCCUAUUUAGCCACGAUAAUGUUCGGCAAAAUUUUCAAGCAAUUUGUAUCCAAUUCUCAUCAAUGAGUUAGAAAUUUCUAAACCGAUUAUGAUUUCAAUUGAAAUGUAAUCUUCAAAUCAAGUACCGAUAUAUAUAGUCCAGGAGGAGAUUUUUCGUUUACAUAUACCUGAUUACUUUAAUCAUGUCUCCAUGGUGGAGUAAAUCUUCAUCAAAAGAAUCAAAAAAGAAAGCAACUGGUGGCGGUAUCUUUGGUACAAUUCAGCGAAAACUCAAGAGCCCAUCCGAUUCAAAACAAAACUCAUCUAGAAGACAUAGUGAAGUCGCUUCCGAAAUGGGAUCUCAUUCGCGGGUUGGUUCUCGGUCAUCUUAUCCAUCCACCCUAGUUGCCCGAUCCAUAAGUUUCACAAAAAGACCUGAUGCUCACCCGCUCCCACUUCCUAACAAAUUAGUGGAUACAGUUAGGGUUGAUUCAGGGAAAAGGGCAUCAAGAAAGCCGGGAGGUGGAAAAGGCUUGUCACCUUUGAUGCUUUCUCCACUUCCUAAACCUAAUCAUGCUCAUAAUGCACAUGGUCAAACGGAUGUUGAAGGUGAAUUGGCAACAGAUUCGGCUUUCACUGAUAGUUCAAGUGAUAGUGAAUAUCCCUCUGAUUCACGGCUGUUAAGCCCUCAAGCAUCCGACUAUGAAAAUGGUCACAAAACUUCUACAAACAGUCCUUGUCGUGUUAAAACUAUAACUGAAAAGAAAAGGGAGAAAGCAAAGCCAGUGAAAGCAUGUUUGAACAACCAAACGGUGCCAACAUCGCCAAAGCGUCGUCCUUCAAGUCGCCACAUGGCGAAAUUACAGAUACCUCAACCAGGUGCUUUCUUUAGUGCUCCGGAUAGCUCCAUGUCCAGUCCAUCUAGAAGCCCAAUGAGGGUAUUUAACCCUGAACCGACCCUAACUGCUGGUUUCUGGGCCGGGCGGCCAUAUGCUGACGCGGGUUUUCUUGGGUCAGGCCAGUGUUCUAGUCCAGGGUCAGGUCACAAUUCAAGUCACAAUUCAGUUGGAGGAGAUAUGGCUGCACAGUUGUUUUGGCAACAUAGUAGAUGCAGCCCCGAAUGCUCACCCAUACCCAGUCCUAGGAUGACGAGUCCCGGUCCGAGCUCGAGAAUACAGAGCGGGUCUGUCACGCCAUUACAUCCAAGAGCCGGUGGAUCAAGCAUUGACCUACCUACUCACUGGCCUGAUGACGCGGUUAAUGGAAAACAACAAACCCACCGACUACCUCUUCCUCCACUAAACAUCUCGAUUACUGGUCCUUAUUCACCCUCGUAUUCAACCGGAACCACUCCAACGGUUCCAAGAAGCCCGGGUAGAGCUGAUCUUUUGGCUAGCCAUGGUUCACGCUGGAAGAAGGGUAGAUUGCUUGGUAGAGGCACAUUUGGUCAUGUUUAUCUUGGCUUCAACAGUGAGAGUGGAGAAAUGUGUGCAAUGAAGGAGGUGACUUUAUUCUCUGAUGAUACAAAAUCAAAAGAAAGUGCUCAGCAGUUGGGGCAAGAAAUUGCACUCUUAAGUCGUUUGCGACAUCCCAACAUUGUGCAAUAUUAUGGAUCCGAGACCGUGGAUGACAAACUUUAUAUUUACUUGGAGUAUGUUUCGGGUGGUUCCAUUCAUAAACUUCUCCAGGAGUAUGGACAGCUGGGCGAAAUUGCAAUCCGAAGUUACACUUAUCAAAUAUUAUCAGGGCUUGCGUAUCUUCACGCUAAAAAUACAGUCCAUAGGGAUAUUAAAGGUGCAAAUAUACUGGUUGACCCUAAUGGACGUGUAAAAUUAGCUGAUUUUGGGAUGGCAAAACAUAUUUCAGGCCCGUCAUGCCCAUUAUCGUUCAAGGGAAGUCCAUACUGGAUGGCACCUGAGGUUAUUAACAAUAAUUCAAAUGGUUGCAAUCUUGCUGUGGAUAUUUGGAGCCUUGGGUGCACUGUGUUAGAAAUGGCUACAACUAAACCUCCAUGGAGUCAGUACGAAGGGGUUGCCGCUUUGUUCAAGGUUGGUAACAGCAAAGAACUUCCGGUGUUACCUGAUCAUCUUUCAGAUGAUGGUAAAGACUUUAUCUUGCAAUGCUUGCAGAGGGCGCCAUCACGCCGCCCUAGUGCUGCCCAGCUCCUUGACCACCCUUUUGUUAAAAACCUUGUUUCAUCUGAAAGAUUGAUACCCAGCCCUGGCCCAAUCACAAAUGCAAUGCGAUCUUUGGGCAUUGGACAUGCUUCUGAAGGAGUUUCAGGCCUUCACUCUAGAGGUCACAUGCCUCGUAAUAUAUCAUGCCCGGGCUCCCAUUUGGGUAGCCCACUUUUGCAUCCAAGAUCUGCUCAAAAUUUGACUGGAAGGCUAUCCCCCUCUCCGAUAUCCAGUCCACUGGUCAUCUCGGGUUCAUCCACACCUCUGGCUGGAGCCGGUGGCAGUGGAGCCGUACCCUUUUAUCACCAGGUCCCAAAGCAAUACACUCAUGAGUUUACGGGUUUGAAUUUGACUCCAAGGUCUCCCACCAGAUCAUUCGCCUCGCCUAUUAACGUGCCCCGCUUUUAUGACCCAAAGCCUGAUAUGUUUCGCGCAAUGCCUCAAGGGUCCCCUUUUUUUCAAGAUAGAGUUUACUCGGACAAUGAUUUUUUAGGGAACCAAAAGGAUACAUAUGGGGGACAGUCAGUGUUAGCUGAUCGUGUUUCUCAGCAGCUUUUGAGAGAUCAUGUCAAACAAUACCCAACUAUUGACCUUAAGCCCACUUCGCCAGUGGUUAGUCGUAGAGGAUGGAGUUGACCCCAUUUUAGUUGACUCAAAGAUAUUAAUAUGAAUAAUAUCUAUAUAUAUAUAUUAUAUAUAUUUUCUUUUUUAGGCUCAUAAUCCCUUUUGGAACAUGAAAUGGAAGGAGGGACGCUAUUUUAACUUAUAGAUGGAUAGCUUUUGAAACUCCAGCAUUUUAACAUCAAUUCAUGGUGGAUAUGUAAAGAAGUGUACACCUCAUACUUGUUAUGCAGCAGGGACUUGUGGGCUAGUUUUUCAUUAUGGUUCGAACACCGUACAGGAAGAAGUUAGAUUUUAGAAUCCAGAUUUUGGUGAAAAGGUUAGAUUGUUGUGUAAGAUGUAGCACAUGGUUUACAGUGAAGUUGCUAAUUCCUGGUUUAAACUAGAUUAAGGAAUGAAAAUAGUGGUUUAACCAUGUUUUGUACACAACAAAAGCUUUAUGAAUGAGGAACUUCUUUUUGUCA